GGUCGUACUUUACUACCUCCUCUUAUUAUCAUUAUUAUUAAUCUUUUGUUUAUUAUUAUUGGUGGUUAGUGUUGGGUGCCUAAUGGAUUUGCUAAUCAUUGUUUGAGUAGGGGAAAUGCUCGUAGUAAAAGUUAAUAAAACAAAUAGAACGUUUUCGUAUUUAGUUGGAGAAAAUGGGUUUAUUACUUUCCAAAAUUUGGAGUCUUUUUGGGAAUGAUGAGCACAAAAUUGUAAUUGUUGGUCUCGAUAAUGCUGGAAAGACUACAAUAUUGUAUCAGUUCCUAAUGAACGAAGUCGUCCACACCAGCCCAACCAUAGGUUCCAAUGUAGAAGAAGUCGUUUGGCGAAACAUACAUUUUAUCAUGUGGGAUUUGGGAGGACAGCAGUCCCUAAGGGCAGCUUGGAGCACUUAUUACACCAAUACAGAAUUUGUGAUAGUUGUAAUAGACUCAACAGACAAAGAACGUCUUACCAUAAUUAGAGAAGAACUUUAUAAGAUGUUAAAUCAUGAAGAACUACAAAAGGCAGGAGUUCUAAUUUAUGCGAACAAGCAGGAUAUCAAAGGGUCAAUGUCUGCUUCAGAAAUAUCUAGGGAAUUAGAUUUAACCUCGAUAAAAAAACAGCAGUGGCAUAUACAAUCAUGUUGUGCUUUAACAGGAGAAGG